CGAUUAUCCAUAACAUUGUGUCCCAUCGCUGUUUGAGGAGUUUUACAAUAGAAAUAGCGUUUAUCUUUUAACUUUAAAAAAUACGACGGCGAGAAUCCACCUAACUCUUGUGAAAGGAAACCAACACUAGAAAUUUAUAUGUUACUAAAAAAUGGUUGGCAAAUCCACUGUUUCAGCUUUACAGGAAUAUUGUGCUAAGAAUAAAGUACAACCACCGACCUACGAAUAUAUCGGCGAAGAGGACGGUAGUUUUUCUUGUAAGAUCACCUUCAUGGAUACGGAAGCUGUGGGUAUAGGGCGUUCUAAACGCGAUGCGAAACAUAAUGCCGCCGGUGUUGUUAUUAAACGUUUGCGUCUUUCUAAUGAAUGCGUCGAUGAUCUCGAUAGCGGAUUACCGCCCACUGAUAUGAUAGUGGUAUUGCGUGAUUACUGUGUGCAGCACCAGAUACCGUUACCUAUAUUUGAAAUUGUACAGCAGGGCGGUACACCGGAUGCGCCAGAAUUUACAGCGUUAUGCACUGUAGCAUCAAUACGUCGUUAUGGAGUGUCUGAGAAGAAAAAGGAUGCACGCCAAAAAGCUGCAUAUGAAAUGUUUUGUGUAAUUGUUGAUGAUGUAAACAAGCUGGAUCAUCAAAUGCAAGUAGCAACACUUCAGGAUGCACAAGAGGAUUUUGAAUCAGAACGUUAUCUAAAAUUUAAGUCAUAUCGCGAGAUGACCGAAUCGACCAAUGGAGAAAUUCCAGGUGUAUUACUUUGUGAUCGUCAUAAUUAUUUCAAAAACUUUUAUAAGGAACUUAAAAGAAGCGCACAAAAUAUUCUCAUGAAUACAUCGUAUGAUUCUCAGCAAGAUAAAGCCUUGGACGUUUUGGAAGCAUUAAAAAUUAAACCGAAAGUAACUAAAAUGCCUACAGACAAAGCUAGUCCAUUGUUAUUUAUCGAAUUGAAUUGUGAUUUUGAUGUUGUAUUCGUUGGACCGCCGGAUAAAGUUUACACUGAUAUAAUUGAGUAUUUUAAAGUAAUGCUAUAAACAACGUCGGAUAAAGUUUACUCGGGAACAAUCGAGUACUUUAAGAUAAUGCUGUACGUUAUUCGUAAUUUUCCCGGUUUUAUACUAAAAACCUACGUCCUUAUGCUUAUUUAUUAUAAAUUAUAAAAACAUUGAAUUGCUUGAAGGUGUAAAUGUUUUAAAGUGUGUUAUUAUAUGCGAUUAAUUAAGAGUGGGGUAUUUUUUUUUUUAAAUAUAUUUCGCUUUUUUUCUUUUGUCAAUUAUUUUAAAUAAAUACAAGUCAUAAAACAGUUAAAA